AUGAAGAUUCCUUCUAUCCCAUUCGCAACAUUUGCGUUAGUUUCUUUCGUAACAACUUCACUUUUCGGUAGCGUCAGUGUCGCCGUAGCAUCACCAGUCAACGAGCUUGUAGAUCGGGAUACUACUUCUACGCAAAACAAGAGCCCAGGCUGCCAGUCAUUGCUAGGGUGCAACCGGGCCGCUGAGGUUGUUUUGUGCAACGACAAACCAUACACCAUCAACCCCAGCAAGCAAUACCUUCGUACAUACAUGGAUGAUAUUGUUCGUCAAUGCCAAAGAAACAUCGGAGGACUCAACACGGUUUGCGGGCAAAACUUUGACACAGAUGGCUACAAUGUCAUCAUGAGACAAUGUGUUUAG